UUAGUAUUUUAAGCUGUCAACACAAGUUUCCCUGGAGCAGAUGUUUUCCUAACGCCGUGAGCUUGGCUGAAAAGCAACUUUGCUGGAAUGCUUUAAAGGGUUAAAACCCUCUAGGGUUUGCCAGUAAUUGUAAUUAGUUGAUUGAAGGAAAUAUUUCUGGCAUCACCAAAGAAAUAGCUGGGAUCAUGGAUCAGAACAACAGCUUGCCACCGUAUGCUCAAGGCUUAGCCUCCCCUCAGGGCGCKAUGACUCCGGGCAUCCCGAUCUUUAGCCCCAUGAUGCCGUACGGCACGGGCCUGACGCCGCAGCCCGUGCAGAGCACCAACAGCCUGUCCCUCCUGGAGGAGCAGCAGCGGCAGCAGCAGCAGCAGCAGCAGCAGCAAGCGGCGCAGCAGUCCACGUCUCAGCAGGGCGCGCAGGGCACGGCCGGCCAGGCGCCCCAGCUCUUCCACUCACAGACUCUCACCACGGCCCCCCUGCCCGGAACCACCCCGCUCUACCCCUCUCCCAUGACGCCCAUGACUCCCAUAACUCCUGCGACGCCGGCGUCGGAGAGCUCCGGCAUUGUGCCCCAGCUGCAGAAUAUUGUGUCCACAGUUAAUCUUGGUUGCAAACUYGACCUAAAAACGAUUGCGCUUCGUGCCCGAAACGCUGAAUAUAACCCCAAGCGUUUUGCUGCUGUGAUCAUGAGAAUAAGAGAACCUCGCACUACUGCGCUUAUAUUCAGCUCUGGAAAAAUGGUGUGCACGGGAGCAAAAAGUGAAGAGCAGUCCAGACUGGCAGCAAGGAAGUAUGCUAGAGUGGUCCAGAAAUUGGGUUUUCCAGCAAAAUUUUUGGAUUUUAAAAUUCAGAACAUGGUGGGGAGCUGUGAUGUGAAAUUUCCCAUCAGAUUAGAAGGUUUGGUGCUUACCCACCAGCAGUUCAGCAGCUAUGAGCCAGAGUUGUUUCCUGGCUUAAUCUACAGAAUGAUCAAGCCGAGAAUUGUUCUGCUUAUUUUUGUUUCUGGAAAAGUGGUUUUAACUGGUGCUAAAGUCCGAGCAGAAAUCUAUGAAGCAUUUGAAAACAUCUAUCCUAUUUUAAAGGGAUUCAGAAAGACGACGUAACGGUUUCUACGAAUUCCGGCGAGAUUGGGGGUACAUUUUGGGAGGUAUUGCGUAUGGCACAGCAGUAACAGGAGAUGGACUGUCACGGAGACUGAACACCAGGACUUGGACUGUGUCCCAGUUAGUGCCUAUUUCCCUGGUGCUCUAGGGGAAUUGAAUUAUUGAUUACUGAGUUACUGUGAGUUGCUUUACGGGACUGUUCCUGGAGCAGCCCCUCCAAGUUUUAUUUAUAAUAUAGCUUUUAAAUAGUUUUAAUGUCAGUUCUAUUAAUAAAAAACCUUUAAGUUGGUUUUGAAAGACAAAUGCAACCAUGUCACUCAGUGUAUAAACCACUUAAAUUGCCAUGUAUAUAUGUUUUAACUUCCUCCAUAAAACCGUGGUUUUUAUAAUUUUCAGAACUUAAGUUUUUAAAUUUUUUCAAUUUUAGUUUUGGGUGCCAGACACAUUCCCUAUUUCCAGCGUUACGCAAGAUAGAAUUUAUUAAUGAAAAUGGUUCACUGUACAUAUAUAAUAUAUAUA